CGAGCAUAGGCAAGUCCGCGCUCCAGUAUAUUCUUAUCUAUCUCAGUGAUUAUCUAUGAUCUCAGUGGACGCCGUAUUCCAAACACGAAUAUCUAUAAAGAAGUUAUUGAACUAAAUAGCGAACUCCCGCCGGUGGUAGAUUUAUAAUCAUGCCUAGAUAAUAAUAUAAUAAUAUUAUGUAUGAACUUGAAAAUAUAAUUUUCAAAGAAAAAUAUCGUUUGAUAAUUGAUUAUGUUAUUAUUUAUUAAUUAUGAAACGUUAACUAAUAGUUAAUUAACAAAAAUAAUACAUUACGUUUUAAAUGUUUUCAUUUGUAUUGGCUGCUAUUAUAACACUAUAGUUGUAUAGUGCUGCUAUAGUACUAUCGAAUAUUGGAGUACUAACUUCAUAGUGUACCUGUAUGAUAGUUCAAACCAUUGCCAUGGAAAAUCGUUGUUGUGUUUUGGGGUGUGUGAAGACUUCUGAUGAUGGAGUUAAAUUACAUGAAUUCCCAUUCGAUAAUCAGUCAUUACUGCCCAUUUGGAUAAUGGCAACAAACCGUUCAGAUUGGUUACCAAUUGCUAAAAGUAGAAUUUGUGACAUGCAUUUUAGUGUUGAUGAUUAUGAAGCUGGCGAUAAAAGUAAUAUGCUUAAACCAAAUGCUUGUCCCAUGAUCAGCUUAAACAAUGUUAAUGAAGAUACUAAGUCAUUGACAGAUUCUGAAUACGAUGAACUUUCAUCCAUGAGUGAUAUCAAUUCUGAUGAGUUACCAGAUACACCGAAUACUAGUGAUCUAAACGACACUGACAAUUCAUUUCUAAGUUCAUCACUUUCUAGUUUUCUUAGUAAUUCAAAUGAGGCUACAGGAUUUGAUGACGAUUAUUUAUCAUCACUUUCUGAUACUGACUAUGAACCAGAUACUAUAGAUGUUGAAGAAUCAAUGCAAGAACCUGACUCUGUGUCAUUAUCUUCAUCUAUUACAAGUUUUGUAGAUACAAACCAGCCUUUAAGCAAUGUAUGUGCGGUUGUAUUAUGUAAUCAAAAUGCAAGAAACCAGUUUGAUAGAUUAUUUUUCAUUAACUUUCCUGAGGAUAAUAAAGCACUUUGUGAAACCUGGUGGAAAAUUUGCGGGCGCACUGACAAAUUUGAUCCUUUGUCCAAAAUAUGCUCAAUUCAUUUUGAUCCUGAUGAUUUUACAUCUAUAACUAUUAGACGAGAAGGUCGACUUUUUAGACAAACCUGUAUAAAAAAUAAUAAUACUGUACCAACUCUUUAUCUACAGUCACACGAGUAUUCAAAGUUUACACGAAAACGAAAAAGAAGUACAAGUGGUAGUUCUAAAGCAGAUGUACAAAAGAAUUCAACAGAAAAUGAAUUCUGUAUUAUUCAAUGCUGUGAUAAGACAUUUUUAAAAGAUGGACAAAAGACACUAUUUUUUAAAUUUCCAUUGGAAAAUAAAACUAUGCUCCAAAAAUGGAUAAACAGUGUUGGAUUACCUAAUUGGCAGCCAACAGUUACAGAUCGAAUUUGUUCUGACCAUUUUGAAAAUGAUGAUGUUUUAAAAACUAAUAAUGGUUAUUGCCUGAAUGAUGAUGCUAUUCCAUUAAUUAAGCCACAAAAUUCUUUUGUAUUAAGUUCUGAAGACAAUUGUGAUAAAAAAUAUAGAUCCUCAGUUAACAGUAGAAAUAUUGAUGUAAUUUUUAAUAAUUUAGAAUUUAAUCCUUUAGAAGAAAACACUUUGAUAGUUAAAGAUAUUACUAAAAAAAAAAAAAAGGAAAUUCUAUUGUUAAAUUCAUUGGAAAAUAAAUUAGAUAAGCUUAAUCAAGAACUAAAAAAUCAAGAAAAAAUCUUAAAUACAACAUUCCAAUCUAGUUCAGAAACUGUUAAUAAAUCCAAUUAUGGAGACGUUAUAUGUUUGUUGGAUGAUACUAAUGACAUCCGAGGAAGACAGUCUAAACAUAAAAAUAAUAUAGAGAGUUCAAUAGACACAUGUAUAAAACCCCAUGAAGAAAAAAUUACGAAAGAAAAAAAAAUAAAAAAUGAAAAUUCAACAAAUAUUAACUUGGAGGAUGUUAAUAUGGAUGUGUUAAACUAUAAAAAUCAGAUGGAAGAACAUCCAACAAUCGAUACAAAUAAUAGUAUAAAAGAAAAAAAUAUGAUUCCAAAAUCAAGAAAUAAUGGAAAUGAUGGUGAUUAUAUUUACUUAGAUGCGUUAGAUGGAGACGAUGCUAAAAAUGUCUUGUCAUUUGAAAAAAAAAACAUUUCAAAGAAUUCAAAAACCAAAAUUUUGAAAUUAUUAGAAAAAAAUCAUACAGAUGGAAUUCCAGAAUCUAUAAUUUAUAAUCAAGACUUAAUAGAAUGUUACAGUGAAAUGCUUCUACCUAAUUGCGAUCAGGAUUGUCAAUUAAUAUGUUAUUAUGCUAUGCCUGACACUGAACGAAGACAAAUUUAUAAAGAAUUUCAGAUGUUGCAUAAUGCGACUGAACAGAACUGUAAAAUAGCUCAAUUAGUGCGAUUGCGUAUGGCUAAAAAGAAAGAUAACACUUUUGAAAGCUGUCCAACAUACCAUUUUAUCAGAAAUAAGGAGUAUAUUAGGGUGUGCAGAACUUUUUUUAUGAACACUUUAGGUAUUUCUGAACGUCGUCUCGAUGCUAUUCUGAAACCAAUUAAUUACAGUUGGUAUUCUGAUAGAGAUACUGCAUUAAAAGCCAAUCAACCAAAACAGGUAAAUGUAAUUAAUGAACCAGUUGUUAUGACAGAUUUUAUGAAAGAAUCGUUAAAACCAUUGGAUAAAGACUACAAUUUAUAUGAAUCUGAGAGUGACUCAGAAGUUAGUCUAGAAAAUGUUCCUGUUAAAGAAUAUGAAAAUGUAUUCCUAUACAUGAAAGGUAUUCCUAGAAUUUUGAGUUCAUAUCACAUACCUGGGACUUUUAAAAAACUUUCAUUUGAAACCAGUAUUUGUAUGGAACAUAUGUAUAAGACAUAUUCUGAAAAUUUUAUUAGGAACAUGACUCCACCACCUUAUACAAAACGUCAGUUUAAAAAAAUUUACAACCAGUACAUGAAGACGUUUUUAAAAACUGUUUAAAAUUCAAAUCCAAAUCAUAUUUUAUUAUUAGGUAGGUAUAGACUUUGAAAUAAGAUUGUAUAGAUAUUUUCAGACAUUAUUUUAUCAUUUAAAAUUAUGAAUGUAAAAUCUAUAUAGUCUUAUUUUUGAAAAACAACCUUACUGUUUUUUUUUUUUUUUUUUUUUUUUUUCACUGACUAACUAACUAAUUUAUUAUUUACUGUAUCUCAAUGGAUCUCUUAUUGUCUAAUUAUUUAUGAAUAUUAAUCAAUGUAUAAAAUGCAAAAACAAAAAAGAAUAAAUUUAGACGUAUUUGUUUGUAUAAUUUUUUAUUUAUAAUAUUUGAUUGGAAAAUUGUUGAACUUGCAUGUGUUGUCUCCUUCUUUGUAAGUUCACAUAACAUUUUCUAGAAUAGUUUAUUUUACUUUAUCAUUUUUUAAAUUAGAUUGAAAAAUUUAAGGUAAGAAUAUUAUCCAGAACUACACACAGGUUUUAAUAAUAACUGGUUUUAAAAUUAAAAUAUUGAAAAACAACCUAUAAGUGUUACCAUAGUUCAGGGAUGGUGAACCUUUCUGUACUCUUGAGUUAAAUAAAAAUUUCAAUUCUAUUUUAUUUUUCUUAUGUGUUAAAUAAUUUGAUCACAUUUUAUUUAAACUUAAAAAUGCCUACAUCCAUGGCUUAAAUGAUAAAAAAGAAACCUUGUGUGUGACACGCGUGAAAUAGGUUUGCCAUCUUUGCCAUAGUUUAAUAAUUUUGUUUUUAAUAUAUUUAUAAAUAGAUAAUGUGCGUUUGUAAAAUGGAAACAACAUAAUUAUUACCUACUUUACAAUACUAUUAUAUUUUGUUUUAUACUCAUCAUAAAAAUAAAAAUGUUAAUCAUAAUAUGAAAAAAUUUUCAGAUCUAAUUUUUCAAUAACAUUUGUUUUUAAAAUUAAAAAUAUAAUUAUUGCUUACAUAUAAUUUUUAUAAUCUAUUACUAUAAAAAAAUAUUUGGUGUACUUUAGCUUUAGCAUUAAUAACAAAGUGAUGAAUACAAUUAUAAUGAUGAUAUUUAUUGACUGUUGUUAAUAAUUUGUGAUCCUAUCUAUAACUUGUUCGCUCUUUUUGCACAGCUUUGGUAUAUGCCUACCAGCAUUACACAUACUUAAACUUAAAUUUAAUAUUUGAAUUUACAUGUACUAACCAUAAAUUAUAUCAUUUUGACUCCUUUCAGUCCUCUCUAAAUAAACAAUUUGUCUACAACUAAAAACAUGUUUUUACAACAACAAAAAACUAUUUUUAAAAGUUGUGAUUUAUUGCUAUAGACGUUUUACUCUCUAGUCUAUUAGUAGGUACAGUGUUUGGGGGGAGGCACAAGCAGUCAUUACGAAGUUUAUUGAAAACCUACAAAGGGGCGUGAGAUAGGCGAUGUUGAGAGCCACUGUUCUGUCUGGUCUAGUAGUAUUAUAUUAAAAAUUAAGAUCCAUGAUAAUCACCUUGCAUACUUAAAUUAUUCAAACAAUGUAAAAUAUGAAUUUAUUAUGAUAUAAUAUGUUAUCAUUAAUAUUUUUAUUCAUUGUAUAUCACACUAAUAUAAUAAUUGUAUAUUGGGCACUCGCCCGUGUUGUAUGUUAAAUAAAUAAAUAUUUGAUUAGUACUUUAUUAAAA